AUAGUGAAAUAGUAUUUAAUAUUUAUGACAAUUGACUACGCGGAUUUUGCUAAUUUCAGCAUUCGCUAUAAUAUUAUACAUUUAAUAUUCGUGUAUCAUCAAAAGGAAAUAUUCAUUCGAAUCGUUCAGUAGUGGUAUCCUACUAAUGUAAUUGUAUUUUUUGAAAGUUCAUUUACUCAGUCACCGCAGGAAAAUGGUGGUUUACAAGGCAAUAAAAUGUAUGGCAGACGAUUGGGCCCUUACAAAUUGUGCAGUGGUUAAUGAUGAAGACUUUCGAAGUGAUACAAAAUACAUAGAGGUCCAACAUCAAACCAAACCAGAUCUUAAGUUUUGGUUCACAACGUUAUUUGUGAAAAAUCCUCCCCCGCGAGGAUGCAUAGCUUUUUCUGUAAAUCAACGAGAAUGGGCCCAACUAUCUAUCAAUCAGCCGAUCAGUAUUACUUCUUAUCCAGGCAAUACAGUAAUUGACUUUUUAUGCUCAGUUGAAGCUGAAAUUGACUAUUUUCAAAAGAAUAAGUCAAAAAGUGCUAAUGAACAGUUUGAUACUGACAUGAUGGCUAAAGAGUUUUUAGUAAACUUUACAAAUCAUGUUUUAUCUGUCAGUCAAACAUUAUUAUUUCAGUUACCAGAUAAACCAUUGAUGACAAUUAAGAUCAAAAGCAUUGAAGGAGUAAAUUCUCAAGAAAUUAAUUCUGGAGCCAAACCCCGGUCUAUUCAAUAUGGGAAAUGUUUGAGCAAUACAGCUGUACGAUUUGUUGUAGGUUCAAAUACUGCAUUAAUGUUGGUAGGAAAGUCAAAAUGUCAACAAGCACGUGUAUCAAUUAUAAAUCCAGAUUUUGACUUUAACAAAAUGGGAAUUGGUGGUUUGGAUACAGAGUUCAAUGCUAUUUUUAGAAGAGCAUUUGCAUCUAGAGUAUUUCCACAAGAGAUUAUUGAACAACUUGGGUGCAAACACGUCAAAGGUAUUUUGCUUUUUGGUCCACCUGGAACUGGUAAAACAUUGAUGGCUAGACAAAUUGGACAAAUGUUAAAUGCACGUGAACCCAAAAUUGUGAAUGGCCCUCAAAUUUUGGACAAAUAUGUUGGUGAAUCUGAAGCAAAUAUACGAAGGUUAUUCGCAGAUGCUGAAGAAGAAGAAAAGAAAGCUGGUUCGGCUAGUGGUUUACAUAUAAUCAUCUUUGAUGAAAUUGAUGCUAUUUGUAAAGCAAGAGGUUCUGUUGGUGGGAAUACUGGAGUACACGACACUGUGGUUAAUCAGUUAUUAGCUAAAAUUGAUGGGGUUGAGCAGUUAAAUAACAUCUUAGUUAUAGGCAUGACUAACAGAAGAGACAUGAUUGAUGAAGCAUUACUGAGACCUGGUCGACUUGAAGUACAAAUGGAAAUAAGUUUACCUGAUGAACACGGGCGUCUUCAAAUUUUGAAUAUCCACACAACACGUAUGAAAGAAUUCAAAAAAAUUGCUGAUGAUGUAGAUAUGAAGGAACUUUCAGUACGAACUAAAAACUUCAGUGGUGCCGAGUUGGAAGGUUUAGUUCGUGCUGCACAAUCAACAGCCAUGAAUCGUUUGAUAAAAGCCAACAAUAAGGUAGAAGUUGAUCCUGAUGCAUCUGAAAAACUUCAAGUGUGCAAGGAUGAUUUCUUACAUGCAUUGGAACAUGAUAUAAAACCUGCAUUUGGUGCUAGUGCUGAGGCUUUGGAACAUUUCUUAGCUCGUGGUAUUAUAACUUGGGGUCCAUCUGUCAGUGGAAUUUUAGAAGAUGGAACAUUGCUUACACAGCAAGCUCGUGUAGCUGAUACAUUUGGCCUUGUCUCUGUACUCAUUGAAGGACCGCCAAAUUCAGGAAAAACUGCUCUAGCUGCAAAGUUGGCAAAAGAUUCAGAUUUUCCCUUUGUCAAAGUGUGUUCACCAGAAGACAUGGUUGGAUUCACUGAAACAGCCAAAUGCUUACAAAUCAGAAAAAUCUUUGAUGAUGCAUACAGAUCUCAACUUAGUUGUAUUUUAGUUGAUAAUAUUGAACGUUUAUUAGACUAUGGGUCAAUUGGUCCAAGAUAUUCUAAUCUAACACUACAAGCUCUAUUGGUUCUGUUAAAAAAACAACCCCCUAAAGGUAAAAAACUUUUAGUAUUGUGUACUAGCAGUCGUAAACAAGUACUAGAAGAAAUGGAAAUGUUAUCUGCAUUUACUGCUGUACUUCAUGUCCCUAACCUCAGUCAACCUGAAGAACUUAUUACAGUUCUAGAACAAUUUGACUUAUUUACAAAACAAGAUAUCCAUAAGAUAUACAACCAAAUAUCUGGUCACAAUGUUUUUAUCGGUAUAAAAAAGCUAUUGGCUUUGAUUGAUAUGGCCCGUCAAACAGAUCCAAAAGUACGAGUGAUUAAAUUCUUAACAAAAAUGGAAGAAGAAGGUUGUCUAGAUUUAGGCACUAUGAUACGUUAGAUAUUAUAUAUUUUAUUGUUUUUAUUUUAAAAAUUAGUCAACUAUUCAGUAAACCAUUUUGAAAAAAUAAUUAUGAUAACAUUCCAAAAUUAGUUAAGAUUUAACAGAUAAGCUUUAUUAUUGUUUUAAUUUAAAAUAAAGUAUUAUUCCAAUUUGAUAUUUUUCUUUGCUUUUGUUUUAUUAAAAUAUUGUUCAAUCUAACCUAUAUAUUACAAUGUUUUCAAUUU